AUGUGUUUGCACUCGACUCCUCAACUCAGGUCUAAGGACUAUAGUGAAGCGACGGUGAAGGUACAACAAUUCAGAGACCCAGCCAGAAAUGAAUCCCUACAACGGGACAUCCAUAUCAACUACACCAACUUUGAUACUGCCAUCAAGGAGAAGCUUGGCAUCGAUCCAAGGGGUUGGCCUGAGGACAUGGCAUUUCAAUCCCCCACCAGUAUUAAUGAUCUCAAUGCCCUCCUGAAGCUCCGGAAUUCAUUGAAGGACGGCUCCUGCCGUUGGUUCCGCAUGUCACCAUGUCAACGAGAGGAGUACAACAUGCAGCUCACUGCAUGCCACAAGAAAGGAGAAGUUGUUGGCAAGCCUCAGAAGAAGUGUUCUGAUGCCGGAGUACCCCAUAAACGCAAGGGAAAGGAGAACAGACGCCAGAGCAAGCGUGUACGAGGUUCUGGGUUGUCCAUGCAGGCCCCGAAGAGUGCAGAGUUUGUGGACUCAUCUGACAAGGAGUACACCAGUGAGGAUGAAGCUUAG